AUGGAUUCUUCUCUCCAAUUAAUUGCAAUUGCUUUAUUUUUUUCUCUCAUCUUUCUCUGCAAUGGGGGUCUCCGAGGGAAAAAAAGUAGCAAAUUUAGCAAGAGUAGAGAAGCUCCUGAACCAUCCGGCGCAUGGCCAAUCAUUGGCCACCUCCACCUAUUAGGUGGUGCUGAUAAGCUUCUUCACCAAACACUUGGAUUAAUGGCCGAUAAGUAUGGGCCAGCAUUCAAUAUUCGCAUAGGCAGCCAUUGCGCCUUUGUGGUUGCUAGUAGCGAAUUGGCGAAGGAAUGCUUCACUAUAAAUGACAAAGAUGUUGCCUCGCGUCCCACUACAGCAGCAACGAAGCACAUGUGCUAUAACCAUGCUGUGUUUGGUUUUGCACCACACAGCUCUCACUGGCGUGAAAUGCGAAAGAUAGUAAUGCUUGAACUUCUUUCAAACCGGCGACUUGAGAUGGUUAAGCAUGUCCAGAAUUCUGAAGUCAACUUGGGGAUAAAGAAGCUUUAUCAUCUGUGGGCUGAAAAUAACUGCCUUCCAGUGCUUGUUGAGCUUAAACAGUGGUUUGAGGAUCUGACACUUAAUGUGAUUGUUCGAGUGGUGGCUGGAAAGCGUUAUACUGGUUCCUCUGAUGAUGAUGGUGCAAGACGUUGCCAGAAUGCAAUUUCUAAAUUCUUUCACUUGAUGGGUAUUUUUGUGGUUUCAGAUGCACUUCCAUUUCUUCAAUGGUUGGAUCUGGAAGGGCAUCAGAGGGCAAUGAAGAAGACAGCCAAGGACUUGGAUGCUGUACUUGAAGGUUGGCUGACAGAGCAUCGUCAAAAGAGAGUUUCAGUUUUAGGAGAGGCUAAGACUGAGGGUGAACAGGAUUUCAUUGACGUUAUGCUGUCACUUGAGGAGAAAGGCCAUCUGUCAGGUUUUAUAUAUGAUGCGGACACAAGUAUCAAGUCUACCUGUUUGGCUCUUAUUGCUGGUGCCAGUGACACAACUACAACUACACUAACAUGGGCCAUCUCGUUGCUUUUGAAUAAUAAGUCAGCAUUAAAGAAGGCACGAGAAGAAUUGGACCUCCAUGUUGGCCCUGAACGUCAAGUUGAUGAAUCGGACCUCAAAAGCCUUGUGUACAUUCAAGCCAUAAUCAAGGAAACUCUUCGUCUAUACCCUGUUGCCCCUCUCAUACCCCGGGAAUUUACGAAAGAUUGCACCAUAGCUGGGUAUCAUGUCCCGGCCGGCACUCGAUUAUUAGUAAAUGCAUGGAAGAUUCAGAGGGAUCCGAGGUAUUGGACAAACCCAUCAGCCUUUCAACCAGAGAGAUUUCUCACAAGCCAUGCGAAUGUUGAUGUGAGAGGUCAACACCACGAGCUCAUUCCUUUUGGCUCCGGCAGACGAUCAUGCCCAGGUGCAGCAUUUGCGCUCCAUGCUCUUCACCUGACGCUUGCUAGGUUCCUUCAUGCGUUUGAUUUGGCUACCACAAUGGAUAAGCCUGUUGACAUGACGGAGACGCCGGGAACAACUUUACCUAAAGCAACCCCUUUAGAUGUUCUUCUUUCCCCUCGUCUCCCUGCAGAACUCUACAGCUGUUGAAGUUUAAAGUUUGGAGAUGCAAUAAUGAGGAUGGAUUUUGGAGCUGAUUGAAACAGGUUAUACUUUUGAUUGUACUUUGUAUUGGGUCAUAUAAUUUAGCCUUGGAGGUUGUAUUGUCAAAUUAACUUGGAUUCAUCUUUUCUGAGUUUUUUUAAGCUGAAACAAAUAAACAGCAGCCCUUUCCCUUGCACUUUUUUUCU